GUCGAAGAUGGCGGCCGAUAGCGAUCCCGAGUCGGAGGUGUUCGAGAUCACGGACUUCACCACUGCGUCCGAAUGGGAGAGGUUUAUAUCCAGAGUCGAGGAGGUUCUCAAUGAUUGGAAACUCAUUGGAAGCAGUGUGGGGAAGCCUCUUGAAAAGGGUGAAUUCACCUCUGGGACAUGGGAGGAAAAAUCGCAGGACAUCAACUUUGCCGAUUUUAAAUUCUCAAUAUCGCACCAUCACCUGAAACAGGAAAUAACUGAAAGUGAGGGGAAGGAGGAGUCUGAGGAAGAUUCCAUCCCCUUGGCUAUGAAGGACCUGCUUUGCAUGAGCAAUGACUUCCCAUCGAGGGCACACUGUCUUGUGAGAUGGUAUGGUCUACGUGAGUUUGUGGUCAUUUCACCGGGGGCCAACUGUGAAGCCAUCAUCAGUGAGUCCAAAUGCAAUCUGCUCCUCAGCUCCAUAUCCAUCUCACUGGCCAACACAGGCUGCCAGGUGCCAGUGUUUGUUCAGAUCCAACAGAAGUGGCGGCGCAUGUAUGUGGGCGAGUGCCAGGGGCCUGGCGUACGCACUGACUUUGAGAUGGUCCAUCUCCGCAAGGUUCCCAGCCAGUACCGCCACCUGUCAGGCCUGCUGGACAUCUUCAAGUCCAAGAUUGGCUGCCCCCUGACUCCACAGCCACCUGUUGAAAUUGCCAUCCGCUUCACGUAUGUCCUGCAAGACUGGCAGCAGUACUCCUGGCCCCAGCAGCCCCCUGACUUUGAUGCCCUUCUUGGGGGAGAGGUAGGAGGUGUGGAGUUUGGGAAACUGCCCUUUGGGGCAUGUGAGGACCCAAUCAGUGAGCUGCACCUGGCCACCACAUGGCCCCAUCUGACUGAAGGCAUUGUGGUGGACAACGACGUCUACUCGGAUUUGGACCCCCUCCAAGCUCCUCAGUGGUCAGUAAGAGUAAGGAAAGCAGACAACCCCCAGUGCUUGCUGGGCGACUUUCUCACAGAGUUCUUCAAGCUGUGCUGUCGAAAAGAAUCCACUGAGGAGAUCCUUGGGAGGAAUUCUGGAGAGGAGGAAGGCAAAGAGAGCAGCGAUAUCAGCCACGCUCUGUCCAAGCUGACAGAGCCCAGCACCGUGCCCAUCCCCAAAUUGUCUAAUAUGGUGCACAGUGCUCGCAAGCAUAUCCGUCGACACAGGCGAGCUGAGGAGGCCCCCCUUGGCAACGAAGUCCUCAACUCCAUCCUACAGUAUCUCUUUCCAGAUGCUGCUGCUGAGAAGGCCUUGGAAGGGGGUGCAAAGAAGCUGGCAGUGUCGAGCACUAAUGAAAAAGCAGAUCAGAAAUCCGAGGACCAUAACCUGUACAACCAGCUGAAGUCGGCGCCCUUUGACAGCCUGACCUACCGCCUGGCCCUGUGCCUCUGCAUGGUGAACUUCUACCAUGGUGGGGUACGGGCUGUGGCUCACCUGUGGCAGGAGUUGGUGCUGGAGAUGCGCUACCGCUGGGAGAACAACUGCUUGGUGUAUGGACUACCCAGCGGACCCCCAGACCUUCGAUGUUGCCUUCUGCACCAGAAGCUCCAGAUGCUGAACUGCUGUAUUGAGAGGAAGAGAGCAAGGGAUCAUGGGCGAAAAGGUGGCACCGACAGCGGGAAGGAGAGGAAGGUGUCAGGUGGUGAGAAUGGGCGGCAGGGCUCUGAGGCAGCAGGGAUGGAACAUUCUCAGGGGAGGUCCUGGGACUCAUGGAGUGACAGUGAAGAUGAGUUCUUUGAGUGUCUGAGUGACGCAGAAGAGUUGAAGGAGGCGGAUCCUGAUGCAGAGAAGGGUGCUGCAAAGGAGGGUAGAGUGAAACCGGAGGGUCGUCUGCACCCCCAUGGCAAGAUGACCCUGCUGAACUCCCAGGAGCCCCUGUACAUCCCUGUCACACAGGAGCCAGCGCCCAUGACGGAGGACCUGCUGGAGGAGCAGUCCGAGGUGCUGGCCAAGCUGGGCACAUCUGCAGAAGGAGCCCACCUGCGGGCCCGCAUGCAGAGUGCCUGCCUACUCUCCGACAUGGAGUCCUUCAAGGCAGCAAACCCUGGUUGCUCCCUGGAGGACUUUGUCCGCUGGUACUCCCCUCGGGACUACGUGGAGGAGGAGGUAGUGGACGAGCAUGGGGAGAAAUCACUCCGUGGGGAGCUCAGUGCCAGGAUGAAGAUCCCAGGGAACAUGUGGGUAGAGGCCUGGGAAACUGCGAAGGCUACACCAGCCCGCCGCCAGCGCCGCCUCUUCGACGACACCAAGGAGGCAGAGAAGGUCCUGCAUUACUUGGCAGUGCAGAAGCCAGCCGAUCUCACCCGACACCUCCUGCCCUGUGUUCUCCAUGCUGCAAUUCUCAAGGUGAAGGAGGAAGAGGCAGCAGAGGACAUCCCAUCUGUGCGCAAGGCCAUCCAGCAGCUCACGGGCAGCGCUAGCAAGCUCCUGCGCCACCCAAGCCCCGACUACAAGAAGCUGGAGGAUGUCAUCAACCAAAUGGUGGAGGUGGAGACGGUGAUUGCCCGUGCACGCUCUCUCAAGGCCAAGUUUGGCAUCGGGACGGAUGACAGAGGGGAGGAUGAUGUGGAGCUCGAGAGGUUUGUCAGCUUGCUACUGGAGGAGCCUGAGGCUGUGGUGGUGGGUGCCAGCAGAGGCCCUGCAGGCAGCAUCAUUCACCAGAUGUUUGUCAACGCUCAAAGGUUGGCUGAUCCUACUGAUGAGGCAGCUCUCCUAGCACCUGGCGAGGACGAGCCUGGCCGUGGGGGUCGGGCAGAAAAUGGGCUGAAGACCAUUGGCAGUGGGGUUCCAGACUUCCCAGCGCCAGCAGGGAGGGAAAUCCUGCUACGGACAUGUGUGCCACGCCCAGCGCCCUACUCCAAGGCCCUCCCCCAGCGCAUCUUCUGUGUGCUCAUGAAGGAUGACUUUCGCCUGGCCGGAGCCUUCUCAUCAGACAUGUCAUUUUUCUGAGGGCUAAGUAGAGAAUCAGAAACUGGGAUGGGGGAGGAGGAUGGGGACCACUUAAGGAAAUGGGGCAGAGGCCUUUCAAAUCCCAGAAUAGCAGUCACACCCUUUCAGCCAAGAUGUUCUGUGUUUGGAAAGUCCUGUGGUGGGCGCAUCUGUGACCGGACCCCUCAGCCGCUGGCUGAGCAUCACUGACAAAGGAAUGAGGGCUAAAACUCAUUCAGGCAAAGCAGUUUACUAAAUUAGUCAUAUCUGUUCGAAAUAUUGUUUGCAGUAUCAAAUCAAUAGGUAGAAUCAGUUUGUUCUCAUGCUUGGUCCUCACUAGUAUUUUGUAUUGUGCACAGUUGCCCUAUUACAUAAUGCAGACUAUUUAGUCAAGAGCCAUAGUUGUAAAAACAACUUCUAUCCAUAUGUAAACACGUACAUUUAACUAUGUGUAGCUAAAACUGUGCCACACCCCCCUAUCCAAAGGUAGGGGGGGUUCAGUCCCCUGUGCUCUAAGUGAAGAUGUAGCUGUGGAGCCACUUGUGGGUGUAAAGGAGAUAUGUUGUUGCUCCAUUCCACUCAAGAUUACGGGUGUGUGUUUUUGGCGCUCACAUGUGAAUUGGUAGUGUACAGUUCACUUCCAUUUUUUCACCUUGCAUGCAUGCAGAAAUCAUGUCAAUUACAUUUAAUGUUAUUCUAGACAGUGCUUAUUGAAAGUGCAAUUAUGUCAAAUAUUGUAAAGUCACAGCCUUAAAUACCACCACACAAACAUGUGCUAUGGUUUGUGUCAGGGCAGUUUCUAUGAACACUAAUGUAGUGAGCUCUGUAUUUAGCUACUUUGUGCAAAGUCAGUGCAAACUUAAAAUAUAUCGGAGUCUGACAAAAUGUGGAACCAGCAAAGGUCUCUUGUUAUCUGACUGUAUCGGUCUCCUGGUGAACAACCCCUAGUUACUCACUGUUAAAUGGAUAUUAAAGUUUUACAUUUUUAUCUGCGAGCUGUGACCCGAGAUGUGCUGUUAGAUGAAUGGUCCCAUGUUCUCAGAACACCUAUGGAAUGGGCUGCUGACAGGGUGUGGAGCAAUAGAGAAACCUCUCUGGCUUCUGUCCCCAUGCUGCUGUUGCUGUCAAAUUCACACUUUCUAUGUUGCUGCAGUAUCCUGUCAUUCACACAUGGCUGUGAUGUUGAAACACAGCUCCCAUGUGAUCUGGGUUUCCAUGUUUUUUCCGCUGAGAAGUAACCUAAUGAACACGCUGUCUGAUGGUUGAUGCCUGGAUUGCCUGCGGAGCCCUGCCAAACCUGCACUAAUUUGCCACUGUCACUAAACCACACCACACCACACUACACUGUCCUGUAGGCAUGUGGGCUAUAAGGUAAUGAGAUGGGAGGAAGAGACAGUUGAGAAUGCACACAGGGUGAGCUGGUGCGAGCAGUGAAAAGUAAGAGACAGAGUUGGGGGCGGGUCAAAAAGCUGGGGCCACAAUGUAGAAAAGACGGAGAAGGGUGAGGAUGGACACUUGACAGAGCCUAGCAGGAAAUGAAAUGAAAGUAGAAACAAACUGCCAUCAGCUAAACUUUUUGUAGAAAAAUAGAUUAUUCCUAAGUACAAUGGGACAGACAACUUCCUAAUGGAUUCAGACCCUAAACAGAAGGGGAGCAUUAAAAGACACUCAAAGACUAUGCAAAUUCUGAGAGCAAAGGAGUCGUACCACUCUGGCUGUGACUCAACAGCUGCUUUGACAGAGCAAGACCUCAGCAAGAAGUGACCAGAACAAAGACUAUUUAAUUCUCUAAAAACAGGCUAUUGCUAGGUGCAGAAACUGUUCUCACUGGUACCAGUAAUGAGCCAAAGCCACAGAAAACGCCAACAUUUGGCAACACGUUUCGAGGUUCAGAUAAAGCGUGCGUGGAGGAUGUGAAUGUGGCGCAAAUCAAUGAACGCAAAAUGUCAGCAUCGAUUUGGCUCUCGUUCAAAUCAGCAUCUGGCCAUUAAGUGGGCAGAAGGUCACCGCCACAUUGCUGUUUCUCAACUUUUAAGUUAAUGACUGUUGCAUUUUUCUGCUCUGUUCCAUGUUUACUGUAGGAGUUGUGCAUCUAUCUUCCAACAUGUAGUUUUGUGCAGUGAAAUUAUUUUUUAAAAAGUGCAGCUGUUUUUAAAAUG